AUGGCGCAAUAUGGCUACGGACAAAAUCCUCAAUACGGCGCAGGAAAUGCGCAGAACCUCCAAUUCUACCCAUCUUCAUUCUCCAAUCAGCCAGUAUCUGGACAUUCUACACCGUUCCAGGCAAACUAUGGCGCACCGGCAAGUCAAGCAUACCCCGCACAGUAUGGCGCGGGGUUCGCUGCACCGGGCGUGAGUGGUCAGAUGGGCAUGGGCAGUUCAGGGCUACGGACAGGAUGGCUGGCAGCUUUUGGUACUGAGGGAUAUGACGGAGAACCGCCGCUAUUGGAAGAGUUGGGAGUGAAUUUCAGGCAUAUACAAAUGAAGACAUUGGCCGUUCUGAACCCAUUUGGUCGUAUCGACCAGCACAUCAUGGACGACAGCGACGUAGCAGGUCCUAUACUUUUCUUCUUGAUUUUUGGCACAUCAUUGUUGUUGUCCGGCAAGCUUCAUUUUGGUUACAUCUAUGGCCUGGCGUUCGUCGGCACAAUUCUACUCCACCAGAUCCUCUCGCUCAUGUCUCCGCCUGUCAACGCGGUUGAGGCAACCCCUGGAGACCACGGUCACCCGCAUGGCUCACACCUCGGCUCCUCGCUGACAUUCCCGCGAUCAGCUUCGGUGCUUGGAUACUGUCUGCUUCCUCUCGUCCUGGUAUCGAUGUUUGGAAUCAUUGUUCCACUUGACGGGCUGUUUGGAUAUCUUCUGACAAGCUUGGCUAUCACAUGGUGUUCUUACAGCUCCAGUUCGAUGUUCACUGUUGUUGGGCGCAUGACUUCGAUGCGAGGCUUGGUAGCAUACCCCAUGGUUCUUUUCUAUGGUAGUUUUGGUAUCAUGGCCAUCUUCAGCUCUCGGGGAACUGGCCAAGCGAUGACGACGAGGACCCUGCACGAAAUUGUUUCUCCCGAUAAACUCCGCCACCCGUUCCAUCUUCUUCAGCCCUAUAUACCCUUGUUUGCCUCUGGUUUUCGCAGCCGUAAUUCUUCUUCUACACGAUUCUUGAUAAUGGGUUGGUUUUGGGCAGACACCGCACCUGCUGCACCUGCUGCACGUGUUGCGCCGCAUCCUAUGCCUCGAGGCAGCAUGGAGCCUCCACCAGAAUGUCCAAUGCACAAGAAACCCACAGCGCCCGUAGUCGCCGAAAAGAAGACACCGCAAGGCGCCUGCCCCUACGUUCCGCCUGAAAAUGCCUCCACCGGCGCAUCAGAGCCACCACCAAAGACCGGCUUACUCGCUCGUCUAAACCCCCUCAAUAACAUGUUCGCCGAACUCUCAAACGAGCGAGCUGACACGCAAUCCGUAAACCUCCCUCUCGAGCGCGAAACCUCUACGAUUCCCAAAGGUGACGGGUCACUCUGGGAGUACCCCUCACCCCAGCAAAUGUACAACGCCAUGCUACGCAAAGGCUACACCGACACGGACAUCACAGCCGUCGAGUCCAUGGUUGGCGUACACAACUUCCUCAACGAGGGCGCCUGGGCGGAGAUUAUGGGCUGGGAGCGACGCUUCUCCCGCGGUUUAGCAGAAGGCUAUGAGAUUUGCAAAAAGGGCGAAGACGUCGCAAACUUUAUGCUCGGCACACACGACGACCCCUUUGACACAACAACCUGGGACCAAAAGGAUGUCCAACCCCCGAAACUCCUUCGUUUUACCGGUCGCCCUACGGAACCGACGCCGAAAUCUCAAAUACUGCAAUGGCUCGGUUAUGUUAUGCCGGAAAAGUUUGGCACGGCGCCCCCGUUUGAUCGCCACGAUUGGUUCGUCGAACGCUGCAACGAGAAAGGGUGCAAGGAGAUUAGAUACGUGAUUGAUUACUACGAGGGUGAGCCCGAACCUACGGGCGAGCCAGUCUUCUUCCUCGACGUUAGGCCGGCAGUUGAUGGUCCAACAAGUGCAGCGGAGAGGUUGAUCAGAACGGGCACAGAUGUCUGGUGGAGGGCGUCCGGGGGUGUGGCGAGAGAGUUGAGGAAGUUGGAGGCGGCAAAGAAGCAGAAGGAAGAGGAGCUGGCUGCUAAGAGCAGGCAGUACAAUUAG